AUGUUCGUUCUGGUCGGGAGCUCACGUACGUGGAGGGAUCGAAAAGUUUACUUAGAAUCAUGGUGGAGACCAAACGUGACACGUGGUAAUAUCUUCUUUGACGUGGAGCCGUCGGAAGAGUUCCAGCCUUGGUCUCCAGCCUUACCGCCGUUAAAAAUCAACGAAGACCUCAAGAAACUGAAGAUUUACCCGAAGCUUAAAAACCGAAACCACACUCGGAUCUAUAGGUCCAUUCUUGAGAAUUACAGGCUCAAACAAGAUGAGAAUGUGAGAUGGUAUGUGACGGGUGAUGAUGACAGUCUUUUCUUCGUAGACAACUUGGUGGAUGUGUUGUCAAAAUACGAUCACACGGAAAAACAUUACAUCGGAAUGUUUUCGGAGACCAUAAAAUCAAAUUAUCACUUCUCAUUUGACAUGGCAUUCGGAGGAGGAGGUUAUGCUCUAAGUUAUCCUCUAGUGGAGGCUUUAGUAGAAGUAUUGGAUGAUUGUAUUGAGAAGUACCAUUACAUUUGGGCAGUGGAUCAUCUACAGAGUUUGUGUUUGGCUGAUUUGGGCGUUGAUCUUACCCUUCAUAAAGGCUUUCACCAGGUGGAUCUAUACGGUGACAUAUCAGGAUUACUCUCGUCCCAACCAACGGCUCCUCUUGUCAGCCUCCACCACUUCGAGACUGUCACACCAUUUUUCCCUGGCAUGGACCGUCCAGUUUCAGUAAAUCAUAUCAUGAAAGCAGCCAACGUGGACCAAUCACGGAUGCUACAACAGUCGAUAUGCCACGUCAGAGCAAGUAACUGGACCUUUUCAGUCUCGUGGGGAUACUCUGUUCAUAUCUAUGAGAAGAUAUUCCCACGCAGCCACUUGAAGCUUCCCAUUGAGACAUUCCGUCCUUGGUGGCACGGAGAACUGCCUCCUCGUUACAUGUUUAACACGAGACCAGUUUCUAGAAAUCCAUGUAAAGCUCCUCACUGGUUCUUCUUUGAUUCAGUUGAACAAGAGAAGGAUGGAGUUGUUACUUCUUACACAAGGAAGUUUAUUAGAAACAUGACUCCUUGUUCCUUCUCCGGUAAUAUCUCUGCCGACCCUAUUGCUUCCAUCAGAGUCUUCUCUCCCAAAACUUCAAAACCGGGAAGAAAAGUAGAAUGUUGCGACGCGGAAUAUGAUGGUACUGCAAAUGUUGCAUACAUGAGACUUCGAGAUUGUAGGAGACACGAAAUCAUCGCCUAA